CAGCAGUGAAGCAUUUCAGAAGAAUGAGAGGGUAUGACAGGCUUUAGAUGCUCCCAUACAAGCCCCGGGAUACCAUGAGCAGAGGGUCAUAGUGGACCUAUGUUUCUCCCCUGAGAAGCCAGGAUUCUGGGUUCAACACCCUCAGAGGAGCGAACCCCUAAGUUUUCUGAGCCUCGUGAGAGGCUGUCUGGGAGGCUGAAGCCCAUCCAAUGGCAGUGCCGCCUGCAGCUCCUCCUCCCGCAGCAAGUCUGCCACACCCAGGCUGCUCUGGAGGCUCUGACCCAGGAAUGAGCUUCCCAAGAAACCCUCCUGACAUGAAGUCUGGCUGCUUGCUGAAUCCCACCGCCCGCUGCCAGGAGCAGCCACCAGGAGAGCCCUGAGGAGCAGACACUCAGUGGCUUCUGACACGUGGGUCCACCAUGAACUGGGGGAUCUUCGAGGGAAUCCUGAGCGGGGUCAACAAGUACUCCACAGCCUUUGGGCGCAUCUGGCUGUCCCUGGUCUUCAUCUUCCGCCUGCUGGUCUACCUGGUGACGGCCGAGCGCGUGUGGAGUGAUGACCACAAGGACUUCGACUGCAACACCCGCCAGCCGGGCUGCUCCAAUGUCUGCUUCGACCAGUUCUUCCCCGUGUCCCACGUGCGCCUCUGGGCCCUGCAGCUCAUCCUGGUCACCUGCCCCUCGCUGCUUGUGGUCAUGCACGUGGCCUACCGCGAGGCCCGGGAGAAGAAGCACCAGGAGACAGCUGGGGGGGGCGGCGGGCGCCUCUACCUGAACCCCGGCAAGAAGCGGGGCGGGCUGUGGUGGACCUACGUCUGCAGCCUGGUGUUCAAGGCCGGCGUGGACGCCGCCUUCCUCUACCUGUUCCACUCCUUCUACCCCAAAUACACCCUCCCUCCCGUGGUCAAGUGCCACGCGGCCCCCUGUCCCAACACAGUGGACUGCUUCAUCUCCAAGCCCUCGGAGAAGAACAUCUUCACUUUCUUCAUGGUGGCCACGGCCGUCGUCUGCAUCCUGCUCAAUCUUGUGGAGCUGGCCUACCUGGUGAGCAAGAGGUGUCGUGAGUGCCUGGCAGCGCGCAGAGCAAGGGCCACACACGAGGGACAUCAGCCGGACUGUGUCACCUCGAAGGACCUCCUCUCGGACGACCUCAUCUAUCUGGGCUCAGACCCUCACCCCCUUCUCUUGCCAGACCACCCCCAAGACUACGCAAAGAAAACCAUCCUGUGAGGGACGGGCUGGACAGGUUGGCGGGGAGCCCUGGGUCGGAAAGUUCCAGCAUCUCUUAUCGAUGGGGACAAAGGGAGGAUUCAGAAGGCCUGGGAUCCGGUCCCUACCCCUCAACUCUGCCCACUGCUCCAGCAGGUGGCCUUAGGCACAUCUAAAGAUCCUGAGGGCCACCUCCCAGGACCAUAGUGAGGAGGGGUGUCAAAGGAGAUCAGACGGGCCAGCCACCCCCCCCCAUGCACAUGGCCCACCAACAAGGCUUAAUAAAGGUCAAUGCAUUCAUUGAUUUAAGGUACCCUUGGUCAUUUGGGCUUUGUCACCCUCACCAGGUCACUGUCUCAAUCUCUGGGAUGCACUUGACUGGGUCAGAUGAGGAGCCAUCCUCUCCUCCAGAGAAGGGGUGCUCCGGCUCUGCUGGAGACCAAGCCACGUGCUCAGGCUCCAGGCUGGCCCUCAGCCCCGAGGGUUGUCUACAGAGGUCAUGGAGCUCAGCAUGGGGGUGGCUGUGCUGCAAUGGGAAGUCCCCGGAUUGUAGGUGCGCACACCUGUAGUCAGGCACAAGCACCAACAGGACUCUGGGGAGGUGGCUUCAACCCUCCUCCAAAAUGGGUUAAUAAUGCCCAGCCCGUCGAGUUCUGUGAGCACUCAUGAGUUCAUGGCUGUGGACGGGGUUAGCUGGCUGUAAAAGGCCACAUAAAUGUUAAUCAUUGCUA